AGCGCCGGAGGGGGCGGGCGGAGGGAGGUGGCACGUCCCGUCCGUCCGGGCCGGACCCGUCCCGUCCCGCUCCGCGGCCGCGCUGCGCCGGGGCGCCCUGGCUCGCCCCGCCAUGGGCACCGGCCCCGGGACGGGCAGGCAGCGGCGCCCCGGCGCGGGACCGGGGGCGGGCCGAGGAUGCUGUGAGCCCCCGCGGGGCCCUGCCCACCCGGCCGGCACCGGCUCCAGCACCGGCACCGGGCGGCAGCGGCUGAGGUUGCUGAAGAUGGUGGUGGCCGCGGUGAGCGGCGGGGCUCCUCCCCUCGGCCCUGGCCGGCGGGACCCCUGAGGGUCCGUGCCCCGCCUCGGCGUCUGGCUCCGUUUGUGGGAGGUUUUGGUUUUCUUUUUAUUGUUAUUAUUGUUUUUCUGUGGUGUGUGGCUCUCGCUGCAGCCGAGGUGGAUGGCCCGCGGUGGGUGCAGCUGGCCUCGCUGCCUCUGCAAGGGGAAGAUGGUGGGGGUGGGGGUGCUGGCCGGGAUCUCGGUGCUCAGCAUCCUCACCUACGGCUACCUGGCCUGGGACAGCCUCGGACUCGGCCUCGGAGAGACGGAGGCAGCGAGGGCCGGGCUGGGCGAGGAGCCGGGGGUCGGCGCCCCCAGCUCGCAGCCACACAUCAUCUUCAUCCUGGCUGAUGAUCAGGGCUUCAGAGACGUGGGGUACCACGGAUCCGAGAUCAGGACGCCCACCCUUGACAAGCUAGCUGCUGAAGGGGUUAAACUGGAGAACUAUUAUGUUCAGCCGAUGUGCACACCGUCCAGAAGUCAAUUUAUCACUGGAAAGUACCAGAUACACACCGGCCUUCAGCACUCCAUUAUACGGCCAACCCAGCCCAACUGCUUACCUCUGGAUAACGUCACGCUACCUCAGAAGCUGAAGGAGGUUGGUUAUUCAACGCACAUGGUUGGCAAAUGGCACUUGGGGUUUUAUCGCAGAGAAUGCAUGCCCACGCAGAGAGGAUUUGACACUUUCUUCGGCUCCCUCUUAGGCAGCGGCGACUAUUACACCCACUUCAAAUGUGACAGCCCUGGGAUAUGUGGCUAUGACCUGUACGAGAAUGACAACGCAGCUUGGGAUCACGACAACGGCAUCUACUCCACACAGAUGUACACACAGAAAGUACAACAAAUCUUAGCUUCUCAUAACCCCAGGAGACCUAUAUUCCUUUAUAUUGCUUACCAAGCUGUUCAUUCGCCUUUGCAGGCACCAGGCAAGUAUUUUGAACAUUAUCGAUCGAUAAAUAACAUCAAUAGGCGAAGAUAUGCUGCGAUGCUGGCUUGUUUGGAUGAAGCCAUAAACAAUGUAACCCUUGCUUUAAAGCAGUAUGGCUACUAUGAGAAUAGCAUUAUCAUAUAUUCUUCAGAUAAUGGUGGGCAGCCAAUGGCUGGAGGAAGCAACUGGCCUCUCCGAGGGAGCAAAGGGACCUAUUGGGAAGGAGGCAUCCGUGCUGUUGGGUUUGUCCAUAGUCCCCUUCUGAAAAACAAAGGAUCUGUUUGUAAGGAGCUUGUGCACAUCACAGACUGGUUCCCAACUUUGAUCACCCUGGCAGAAGGGCAGAUCGAUGAAGAUAUCCAGCUGGAUGGUUAUGAUAUAUGGGAAACCAUUAGUGAAGGCAGACGUUCUCCACGGGUAGACAUCCUGCACAACAUUGACCCAAUUUACACCAAAGCCAAAAAUGGGUCGUGGGCAGCUGGCUAUGGGAUCUGGAACACUGCAAUUCAGUCUGCCAUCAGAGUGAAUCAUUGGAAACUACUGACAGGAAAUCCAGGAUACAGCGACUGGGUACCUCCGCAGGCCUUCAGUAACGCGGGCCCCAACCGCUGGCACAAUGAACGUGUUUCUUGGUCAGCUGGCAAAACUGUGUGGCUCUUCAACAUCACCGCUGAUCCGUACGAACGAGUGGACCUCUCUGCAAGGUAUCCAGAUGUAGUGAAGCAGUUGCUGCGGAGGCUUUCACAGUUCAAUAAGACGGCAGUUCCUGUUCGAUACCCACCGAAGGACCCUCGGAGUAACCCAAAGCUGAAUGGAGGAGUCUGGGGUCCGUGGUUUAAGGAGGAUGAGAAGAAAAAGAAAGCUGAUAAAAGUAAAGGUGUGAAUAAGCAAAAGAAGAACAAGAACAAGAAAAAAACAAAUCAGAAAAAAGGACAGUCAUUACAUUGCCGUUCACAUCUGGCUGGUGGAUAGACUCUAAGCACGCUCUUUUGCUAAGUCUAAGUCAGCUUAGCCAAACUUCUUGAACUUCAUACAGAAUAUACUAGAAAUGCUAGCUCUGCACUACAGAUGAAGGUUGUCAUCUUUAAUUUUGUUCUCUGAUUUCACCAGCACAGGAUAUCUCAACACUUUGCCUUAAGUGUACGUACAUGUCCACAUGACAAACUUUCUUCUCUACAGGAUGAGUGGUGCUUGCCCAUCGCAGCUACAUUCCAGAUAACAACGGCAGUAACAUCUCAUUUCUGAAAGCUAAUUUUUGAUGGACAAAUGGCAGUUUCUCGCCUAAAUUAGUUGGAAUAUUUGGAGAUGUGGAGAUGUUAAUGGCAGAUGUUUUCCAACUGACAGAUGAUUCCUAGAAAGGGAGAACAAAACUUGAGAACCAAUGUGGGUCAGAAAGUGUUAGUCACCAAGCCAUUACCUUCUUUGAUACAACACAGCAAAAACCUGAAGCCACCAGAGUAAAUUUUUGGAGGUGCUGGGGAGGGGGCCACGAUGAGAGGAAAGCUGCUUUGAAUUAGACUUUGUCUGUCUUACAUAAAUCAGAAAUAUUUUUUAAAUGCCCUAGGUGUGCUAAGUUCCCCCCAUUUGUAGUAAAACCAGAAGGUUGUUAUUUAACACACAUGAACAGGUAGCACGUGCCAUGUAUAAUUUAUUAUAGGCAUAGAGAAAAACACAUCACCAAAGUGAAUGUAAUAUUUAAACACUUUAAGAUAACUAUACAGCAAUAUGUAAAAGACAUAAUUUAUUUUACAGCACAAUACUUAUUUCUCCUCCAUUAAAACUUUAAUUACUGGCUGAUGCAAGGUACCCCUUUGGGUGCUAGGGUUGUUUGGGUUUUUUUCCUUUUAUUUUUAAUUUUAUUUCCACUCUAUCAUUCAGAGUUUUUAUUUAAGAGAUCCAUAUCCUCAGAGUACUGUAAAACAAGAAAAUACUGUAUACACUGCUAGGACGAGAAAGGAGAAUGAUUCAGGUGCAUCAUUUCAUUAUGUAUUUGCCUCCAAUUAUUUUGAAUGUAACAAAGUGAUUAUUUAAUUUAGUAGUCACAUGAAUAUUGUUCAGUUUCUGUACAGAAGCUAGGCUAUCUUCAUGUUUGGGGGAAAAUUCUACUUUAAACGUUUUAUUUAUGUAUCUAUUAAAACAGUUUAUUUUUAUGGCA